GAACAAAAAGUGACCCACUGAGAUACCAAGUAACAUUAUGUACACACUGGGAAGUUAUUGAGACUUUAAAUGUUAGUACUUCUUGUUCAACAAUUUUGGAAUGCUUGGGUUCAUAUAAACAUCUCUGUUUAUUGAAAUGCACUAGAAAUGAUGGGUUCAAACAUGGCUACUUAGAAUGCAGAAUGCUUUAAUAGUAAAAGCUUAAUGACCAUAAGAAUUGUAGUCCCCCGUAAAUAGUUCCUUAUCAAAGGAGGCAUGCUGACAUGCUUGUGGACUGCUAUUUGUUCAUUUAGAUAGAAAAUGAUUUGGGUUGCCAUGACACUGCCAGCACUGAUGACGUUCAUAAUGCUACCACUGAGUAAGAAGCACAGAGGUACGCUGUGUAAUUUAGCCUGUUUGUAGGUUGACUGGAGACAGAGUUAUUUGUCACUGAAACAUUAGACUAAACAAUGGGUUUUUUAAUGAAGAAUGAGCGUGGCAACUAUAGCAUUUCCAUCUGCAAGAGGAGCUUCAGGCUUUCUUGCAUGCUGCGUAGGCAAUGUGGCAGUUAGUAGACAAGUGAUUGCCGUCUCCUAGAACAUGUUAGAAAGAAAUUGGAGAUUGUGCUCCUUCUUUCUUGACUUAGCCAGGGCAACAACUGGAAAUAUGCAUUUAGCUGAAACAUACUGCAUGGGUCAUUAAGCUGUCUACGAGAUGGGGGCAAACAUAUCUGCAGCAGAGAAACAGCAGCAGAACCAGUCAGUCUCACGAGCAAGCACACUCAAUCGCUACAAAGGAUUUCAGAUCAGCGAAGAUAUGCCUGUCAAAGAGAAGAAGAAAAUUAUGUCCAAGUUGGCUACACUGAGGCGUAAGCUAAUUCGGGUUCGAAGACACAGUAGAUCUUUUGAUCACUCAAAGGCCAUAAAAGAGCUCACUGCCAACUGGACAACGCGGGAACUGAAUGCCCUGGUGGAGGAAUAUCAAGCACUUGCAGUUUUAAAAGAGCUCACAAUUAUCUCAAGUCUUGCGAGAGUGCAUGCAAAUACAUACAGAGAAGAUUUGUCUAAUUUGUAUGAUUACAAGUACUGUACAGAUGUCGAUUUGAUUUAUCGUGGUACAUGCUUUCCAGUGCACAGGGCAAUUUUGAGUGCAAGGUGCCCAUUCUUUCGUAAACUUCUUGCCAGACAUCCACAUUAUGGAGCACAAAUACAUGUGGAUAUUAAGACUCCUAACAUUGACGUUGUUAUGUUCUCAGCACUUUUACGCUACUUGUACACAGGAGAAUUCAACAGUGAUGAGGCAAAGUUAGAUUCCAGCUUGGAUCUUUUAGUUCAAUUGGGGGAUGAAUUUGGUACCCCCAAUGCUUUAGAUCAUGAUCUGAAGACUCUCUUUGAAAUGGGAGUGUAUGGUGAUGCAGUGCUGGUGUUUCAGACAGAUGCAGACUGUCAUGAUCUUACAACAUCAGUAGAAGGAGCAUCAGCAGCUACCUCAAGCACAGGUGGAAACAAAUACGAAAUGCGUUGCCACAAAGCUAUUCUUGCAGCAAGGUCUCCCUUCUUUCGCAACCUCUUGCUUCGUCGUGCUAAAUCUGGAGAAGAGAUGACAGACAGAACUCUACACACUCCCACCAGAAUUGUCCUGGAUGAGUCGAUCAUUCCAAAACAGUAUGCUCGUGUAUUGCUUCAUGCCAUAUAUCAAGACACUGUGGAUCUUAAUUGUAUUAUAAGAAAUAGUACGAGCACAUGUAGUCUCAGCGAGGUUCAAGCCAUCGUGGCUGGAAAAGGACAUGUGACCCAUGUGGAUGAAGCAAUGGAAAUAUAUCAAAUUGGGCAGUUUCUGGACUUUCCCAUUUUAUCUCAAGGUUGUGAGGAUAUCAUAGUGGACAACCUGUCCCUGGACAACCUGUUGUCCAUCCUUUCCUGGAGCUCGGAGCCACACGGGUCUCAAUGGGUGCACCGCCAGGCACUACACUUCCUCCAGGAGGAGUUCCUACAGGCGGCACAUUCACCUAUCUUCUACGAGCUCAACAAGGAGUACCUGAUUGCUGCCAUACAGUCCGACUUUGUGCAGGCUGGAGAGAUGGAUAUUUUAAGUGCUGUGAUCAAAUGGGGGGAGCACCAGCUCAUUAGGAGAAUGGAGGAAAGGGAACCCAACCUUCUGAGUCAUACAGCCCACAGUGUCACAAAGAAAGGUGUGAAGCGACGAGAUCUGAAUGACACAGAGCUGCGUGAGAUUCUCUGUGAAGUUCUCCCAUAUGUGCGCAUGGGGCACAUAAUUCCUCCAAACAACGACGUGCUGAAUGGUGCCAUUAAGCGCGGCCUAGUUAGUGUCCCUCCUUCUCACAUGAUAGGGGACGACGUAGGCAGCAACUACAACCGGAUGUGUUCGUGGAUCAGGGGGAAGAACAGCGGAAUGUUUAUGAAACCGCGGUUUUUCACACCCUACUUUGAAGAGGCCAAGUCUCUGCUGGAUGAGCAUACUGCCCAGUUACAAGAUAAUGAGAUGGCUCGUCUCCGCUUGGUCCAUAUGUCCUCUAUCCCAGACACACUGUACAUGGUGGACGACAGGGCGUCCUGCCCACCCUCGCCAUUCCCCAUCCACCACCCUGUGUAUGCCGCUGCCACUGUCGAUAUCAUUGCAGGCACUAUUCCAGUUCCAAACCGUGAAACCAUUGGGCUCAUGGUGAAAAGAGAACAGGAGAUACAGCAAAGCCGCCUAGUUCAGAAGGCCUACUCCCUUCCCUGUACAGACCGCAGGGCAGUCAACCACCAAAUUCAGCUGAGGGUCGUCAGAGAAUUUGGACUUCCAGAUUCAGCAGUUGAAAUAUUACAGCAUCCCUACAGGUUCCAAAUGGAUGAAGCCUCCAGAGGAGAUGCCCUUCCAGGAACCCCCAGAAUAUCUAGUCUACCCCAUCGCCGACUGAAGCAAGUCACACCUCCGUCUCCGCUUAUGGGAGCUUCCAGUUGGUCAUACAGUCCAAGGUCCUACAGCCCAAGAUCCUAUAGCCCAGUUGAGAAGGAGGCCAGCAAUGGCAGCGACAGCGUCCUCAGUGACAUCAUGCCAGAUAUUGCCAUGGCAACUGGAGCUGUAGCCCAGAUGGCUCUUCACCCGGAUCCUGAACCGCCACAAGGUGCACAUGCAGAGAGCAGCCCCAGGGGAGGGGCACGUGGUGGGGAAGCGAAGCCAGAUCUUCGGGAGAAUGAAGGGAGUCCCCGAGGCGAGAUGAAACUCGACUUGGGAGAUGGAAGUCACUGUGGUACUAUGUACAUAUAAACUAUUGUGAGGCAGCAGUUUAAGU